CACAAAAUGAAGUUAACUAAAAAAAGCAUUUGAAAGUUGGAAGGUUAACUAGAGAGGAAAGAGAGCUAUAGAUUAGGCAGAAUUAUAGAAACAUGUCUGGUUUUUAUUAAAACAAAAAUUCCAGAAGCCGUCUUCCUGGUUGGGGUCCCUUUCCCCAAAGCUCAGUUGCCAUUGUCAUACUCCUUCUAUCUCAUCACCAUAUUCUUGUUCUUUAAAAGAUCUCAGAUGAUUGAUCUGCACUUUCCUAAUGAGUUCGUGCGGUUCUUCCUAAAAAGUUUUCGCUUCCAAGUUGAUGAAGAUGAUUAUCCUUGGACACACAACAAAAGCAACAAUUUGGAAUGGUUACAUAAGUAUCUUACUAGAAAAUCAGAAUUAACUCGAUGUAUUGCUACUGCUAUGGUUGGUCCACGGACAUGGAUUGGAGGAAUCUUUAGCCGCACAGGCCCCAAGCAUUCUGGAAGCAACAAAUACGAUUCUAAGCUCACCUCAGUUGAGGAAGAAAGAUAUCAGAGGCUUCAUGAACGUGCGGAUGUACCUUUUGAUGAGACUCGUGUAGAUCAUCAGAAAGCCCUUGCAGAACUGUGGAAUUUAGCAUAUCCAGAAGUUACACUUAAAGGAUUGAUCUCUGAGCAGUGGAUGGAAAUGGGUUGGCAAGGAGUUAAUCCGUCUCUCGACUUUAGGACUUGUGGUUUUAUAUCACUAGAGAAUUUGUUGUUCUUCGCAAAAACAUUUCCUAAUGCUUUUCGUAGGUUAGUAUUGAAACAACGUGGGAAAAUGGCAACAUGGGAGUAUCCUUUUGCUGUUGCUGGCGUUAACGUAUCGUUUAUGUUGACACAGAUGUUGGAGUUAUAUCAAGUGAAGCCUAGAUGUCAUACCUGUAUCAAUUUUGUAAAAAUAUUGGGAGAGGAUGAAGAGGCCUUUGAUGUUCUAUACUGUAUAGCUUUUGUUUUGAUGGAUGCUCAAUGGCUCGCUAUGCAUGCGUCAUACAUGGAGUUCAAUGAUGUUUUACAAAGUACACGGAAACAACUGGAGAGAGAACUUGCACUUGAAGACAUCCAGAGAAUACGUGAUUUGCCCGCCUAUAACCUCCUGCAUAGUUCGUUGGUUUGACUUGAAUGGUUGUACAUUUAGAUUUAUAAACCCCAUUGGUGACUAUGGUACAAGGUGAUUGACUGUCCUAAGCCUUAAGUCGUGCCCGCUUGAUGCCAGAACCUUCUUGGUUAAUGAGAUACAAGGUUAGAUUCAGUUGUCUGCCUGUGGUUUGGUAGUUGAAGGAUGACGCUAGAACUCAGUCAAUUGUAUGCUGUUGUUUGAGGGUGAUUGAUCAUAGAUAAUUAAGUCAUGUUAGAUUGCUGUUAUUUUGUUC